ACGGCCGACCAAUGGGGACUCCGACUACCUGGCGCCUUCCAUCACAUAGUCCUGCCCAUCGCUACUGAGUUUAACCCAGGUCUGGUCGUGGUCUCCGCUGGUUUCGACGCGGCCCGGGGAGACCCUCUUGGAGGGUACCAUGUGACCCCUGAGGGAUACGCCCACCUCACCCACCUGCUCUCCCCAUUGGCUGGAGGGAAACUACUCAUCAUCCUCGAGGGGGGUUAUAACUUGACCUCCAUCUCAGACUCCAUGGCGAUGUGUACCAGUGUGUUGCUCGGCGACCCUCCUCCCCCACUAGCCACACCCCUCCCCGCUCCCCGCAACAGCGCCAUGGCAACCAUCAACAAGGUUCUGCGAUGCCACGCCCCCUACUGGAAGGCUCUCAGAAUAACAAUUCCCCAGACUCUCCGGGAGUCCUUCCUCUCCCCAAAGCAUCAUGGGAAACGUAGUUCUAAAGGGAAAGGCAGGAAGUCUGACACACCGAGCAGAACGGCUGAGCCCCCAGCAGGCCUGGAGCAGAACUACAAGGACUCAGGCUUAGAACAGCUCACUCAGGGAUUGGCUUCUCUUGAUAUCCACCAAGCUACCUCAGCCAAUCAGAUGCCUGUAUCCCCAGAGGUGGGCGGGGCUAGACGGAAAGUUGUCCCUCAGAAGAGUCUGAGUCAGGAGGAAGUGAAGCCCUCGCCUCAGAUAGUGACAGCUGAGGACAGCCAAUUAGCUGCCAGCAGGUGGAGGACAGCCAAUCAGAAGCCGCAGUUGGCGUGGCAGGGGCUGAGCCUGAGGAGGAGGGGGGCUUGUGGUUGGUCCAAACCUCCUGCCAACCUGGGGCUCAGCUGUGGAGACGGGGGAGGGGGCUCUCUGUACGUGGUGGACCCCCUCCCUUGGUGUCCUCACCUGGACUGUGUUAAGCCCCUCCCCCCGUCAGGUAUCGACGUGGGGCAGGCCUGUCUGGACUGUGGCUCUGAGGCCGAGAACUGGACCUGCCUCACCUGCUACCAGGUGUUCUGCGGUCGCUACGUCAACGAGCACAUGGUGUUCCACGGCGCGGUGACGGAGCACCCCGUCGUCCUCAGCUUCUCUGACCUGUCGGUGUGGUGCUACCGCUGUGAGGCCUACCUGCACAACAAGGUUCUGUUUGAGGCUAAAAACUCCGCUCACCGAUGCAAAUUUGGAGAGGAAAUCCUCCCAUGGAGCUGAGGGGAGAGGAGAUAAGGAGACAAGGAGAGGAGAAGAGUUCCUAACUUUUAUAUUGCUCAUAUUCACUAUCCUUGCAUUUAUCCUGAUCAGAUAUCAGUGUUCACCUCAAGUUCCUUUGGUACGCAACCUAUUUAAUAAUCUUAAUUAUCUCCUUUGUUCUUAUUUUCUACACUGAGUGGCUUUAUGUUUUAUUUUUGUGUGAAUGAGGUUAUUGUUUACAUUAUUUUAAAACGGCGAUAAUGGAAACACGCAGACCUUCUGUUGACUUGGGUCCAGAAGGCUGUGAGAACACGGUUGAAUCACUUAGUCACUUAGUCGGAGGCGUUCAGCUUACCGGCUCCAUCCUCUCUACACCGUACAGUUCAGGUCAGGGGUCAGGUGACGUCAGACAGCCGCUCCCUCGUAGCUCACACUCCCACCUUGAGUUCCGCUGCAGAUUAUCAUGUGUUUUUUCCCGCAUGCGAUUGUUCGGCCUAAUAUGGUAAUUUUGAUGUGUGAUUCCCCUGAUGUGAUUGGUUCCUGCAGCGGACCCAGGAUUGCGCGUCCUCUGGCCCGGUUUCCUCCACUGUGUGUGUGUUUGGUUGAUUUAUUCAACGUCAGUGUUAAUAAAUGACUUUACUUUACCAAA